UACUACAACCCUAAGUAGUGGGAAAGAACUGAAAAACACCAUAAAGACAACUCUGAGGGAAGAUAAGAAUUUUGGCAGAGACCCUCAAUUCCUCAUAAGUCCAAAAGAUGUCACAAUGUGAGAAAGAUUUGGAAGAGCUGAGAGAGACUUUUAAAUCUGGGAAAACAAGAGAAGAAUCUUGGAGGAGGUCUCAAUUGAAAAAUUUGCUCAGACUUCUUGAAGAGCAAGAAGAUGACAUUUUCAAAGCCCUUAAACAAGACUUGGGAAAACACCAAGUUGAGGCUUACAGAGAUGAGAUUGGAACACUAAUAAAAUCUGUGAAUUAUGCACUGGAUGGCUUAAAGAAAUGGAUGUGUGGCAAGAAGGCCAAAUUGCCAAUUGCUGCAUUCCCUGCUUCAGCAGAGUUGGUUCCUGAGCCUCUUGGUCUAGUCCUCAUUAUUUCCUCUUGGAACUUUCCUUUUGGGUUAUCAUUGGAACCACUAAUUGGAGCAAUAGCAGCUGGAAAUGUGGUGGUUUUAAAACCCUCAGAGCAGGCUCCUGCAUCUUCAUCAGUGCUAGCCAAGACAAUCUCCACUUACUUGGAUAAUAAAGCUAUUAAAGUCAUUGAAGGUGAUAAUUCAGUUGGUGACAAACUGUUGCAACUAAAAUGGGACAAGAUUUUCUUUACAGGGAGUACAAAAGUGGGUAAAAUUGUAAUGGCCGCUGCAGCGAAUCAUUUGACUCCUGUGACCCUGGAAUUGGGCGGAAAGUGCCCUGCUAUCGUUGAUUCACUCUCCAGUUCUUGGGAUAAAAAUAUUGCAAUGAAAAGAAUUCUUUCUGCAAAAUUUGGGACUUGUGCUGGCCAAGUAUGCCUUGGAAUUGAUUAUAUCCUAGUCGAGAAGACGUAUGCCAACGAAUUGGUAAAAUUGAUUAAACAUGCCAUCCCAAACACAUUUGGAGAAAAUCCAAAAGAAUCACAUUCGAUGUCGAGGAUCAUUAACAGAACUCAUUUUUUGAGGUUAAAGAAUCUCUUAGAUGAGCCAAUGGUAAAAGCUUCAAUCGUACAUGGAGGCUUAACCGAUGAAGAUAAUCUGUUCAUUGAGCCCACAGUAUUACUGGAUCCUCCGGUGCAAGCUGCAAUUAUGACAGAAGAAGUUUUUGGUCCAUUGCUCCCUAUCAUAACUUUGGAUAAAAUCGAGGACAGUAUUGAAUUUAUCAAUGCAAGGCCAAAGACACUUACUAUAUAUGCCUUUACCAAAGACGAAGCCCUCAAAAAGAAGAUAAUAAGCAGAACAUCUUCAGGAAGUGUGGUGUUCAAUGAUACAAUUAUCCAAUAUGCAGCUGAUACACUUCCAUUUGGGGGAGUAGGGCAAAGUGGCUUUGGAAGGUACCAUGGGAAGUUCUCAUUUGAUACAUUUAGCCAUGAGAAAGCAGUUGUAAGAAGGAGCUUUCUUACUGACAUCUGGUUUAGAUAUCCUCCAUGGAAUGAUAAAUCACUUCAACUCUUCAGAACUGCUUAUAGAUAUGAUUAUCUUAGUGUAGUUCUUAUUACACUAGGACUAAAAAAGCCUUAAUUGAUGUUUAUUUGCUUAAUUGCCAAUUCCUAUAAUUGCAAAUAUUAGUGAUUGUAUUAGAUUAGUUAUCCGUCUUCUCUGUCCUAUUAAAAAAGUUUGAUUUGUAAUUUACAUUUGAGUGAUUAGUGUGUUAAAUUCUUCUA